GCAGAUUAUCAGGAGGAGGAAAGGGACAGCUGGCUGUGAACUGAUGUCCUCACUGUGUUUCUGAAGACUUCCUUUAGUGAGAAGCAGAUUAACUUUGUGCUUGUUGGAGUUUCUUACAGGAAGAUGAAGAUGUUUGUGGUGUUUGUGAUCCUCGUGCACGCUUCCCAGCAUGCCUCAGCUGUGGAGCUGUAUGAGGGGGAGGAGUUUGUCCUGCUGCCCUGUAAGUUUCCCACUCCUGACAUAGACGACCCCACAGUGGUGUGGAGCCGCAAAGAUCUCAAUCCUCCAACCGUCCACCAGCGUAAGCAGGAAGGUGAUGAACUUACAUACCAAAACGAGCUUUACAGCGGCCGAACAUCCAUGAUGACUGACGCUCUGGAAACUGGAGACCUCAGCCUCAACCUGACAAAACUCCAGCUCUCUGACAGCGGCAGCUACACCUGCACCGUCAGAGGGUUAGGAAGACCACAGAAAGUGGGAAACAUACAACUGAAGGUCAAAGUUUUCCAGCAUGCCUCAGCUGUGGAGCUGUAUGAGGGGGAGGAGUUUGUCCUGCUGCCCUGUGAGUUUCAGACUUUUGAGAUGGACGACGCCACAGUGGUGUGGAGCCGCUACGAUCUCAAUCCUCCAACCGUCCACCAGCGUCAGCAGGAAGGUGAUGAACUUAAAGACCAAAACCAGCUUUACAGCGGCCGAACAUCCAUGAUGACUGAUGCUCUGGAAACUGGAGACCUCAGCCUCAACCUGACAAAACUCCAGCUCUCUGACAGCGGCAGCUACACCUGCACCGCCAGAGCAAUAGGAGGACAACGGAGAGUGAGAAACGUACAGCUGAAAGUCAAAGAACGAUUUCCACUCUGGGCCACAGUUCUCCUGGUUCUCCUGGCUGUUGCUCUUAUUGUUGCUGCUGGGGGUCUUUUGGUACAUUUUUGGCGCCACUUCACGUCAGUCCCCCAGGUCGAGGUGUAUUCAGGGAAGGAGUCUGUCCUGCUGCCCUGCAAAACCACAGUUCACCUGCCUGAAGACGUCAAAGUGGAGUGGAGGGACAGAUACAACAAGAAGGUCCACGUGUAUCAGAACGGCUCUGACCAGCCUGAAGAACAGUACUGCUUUUACAGAGACCGAACAGAGAUGAAGAGAAACCUGCAGAGACCUGGAGACCUCAGUCUGACCCUGAAAUACCCCACAGACAAAGACAGAGACACCUACACCUGCACCGUCUACAGCAGGGAGAGAGACAUCCUGUUGAAGAAACAAGUGAAGCUCCGGGUCAAAGAACGAUUUCCAUCCUGGGCCAAAGUUCUUGUGGUUUUCCUGGUUCUCCUGGCUGUUGGUCUUAUUGUUGCUGGGGGUCAUUGGGUAUAUUUUCGGCACUAUUACACGUUAGGACAAUUUCUAUACUGGUUCAUACCUUCCAUGGUUUUCCUUUUUGUUGGUCCUAUUGUUACUCGGCGUCUCUUGAUACAUUUUCGGCACUACUUCAUGUCAGAACGAUUUCCAUCCUGGGCCAAAGCUCAACUGGUUCUCCUGGUUCUCCUGGAUCUCCACAGGCUCAUGACAAUUAUUUUUGUCAGUCUCUUUUUUUGGGAAAAUUUUGUGCGCUAUUUAACAGAAGUAAUUCCAUACUGGGCCAAAGUUCUCCUGGCUGUCCUGAUUGCCCUGGCUCUCCUGGCAGCUGCUGUUAUUGUUGCUCGGCGUCUUUUUCAGCGCUACUUCACAUUAGAACAACACCCAACCUGGCAGAAAGUCCUGGCUCUCUCUGCUCUCCUUCCUCUCCUGGCAGUUUAUGAUUUUGCUCGGUGUCAUUUUGAAGAUUUUCGGUGCAAUUUCAUGUCAGUCUGCCAGGUGGAGGUGGAUUCAGAGGUGGAGUCUGUCGAGCUGCCCUGCAAAACCACAGUUCACCUGCCUGUAGACGUCACAGUGGAGUGGAAGGACAGAUACAACAGGAAGGUCCACGUGUAUCAGAACGGCUCUGACCAGCCUGACCAACAGAACCAGGUUUACAGAGACCGAACAGAGAUGAAGGAAGACCUGCAGAGACCUGGAGACCUCAGUCUGACCCUGAAAUACCCCACAGAUGAAGACAGUAACACCUACACCUGCACCGUCUACAGCAGGGAGAGAAAAGUCCUGAUGAAGAAACAAGUUAAGCUCAAGGUCAAAGUCUACCAGGUGGAGGUGGAGGAGGGGGUGGAGUCUGUCCAGCUGCCCUUCAAGACCACAGUUCACCUGCCUGAGGACACUGAGGUGGUGUGGAAACGCUUUGACCCCAUAAAGACGGUCCACGUGUAUCAGAACGGCUCUGACCAGCCUGACCAACAGAACCAGGUUUACAGAGACCGAACAGAGAUGAAGGAAGACCUGCUGAGAACUGGAGACCUCAGUCUGACCCUGAAAUCCCCCACAGACAGAGACGGAGGAGAAUACAGGUGCUGCGUCUUCAACAAGAAGGGAAACAUCCUGAGAGAGAAAACAGUUGAUCUCAGGGUCAAAGAGAGAAGCAGGAACAGAAGCAGCUCCACUGAUCCAACUCCUCUGAUGGCCGAUCAAUCUGUUUGAUCUUUGAUCAUUGAUCCGAUCUGACUCUGGAUCAGAGAGAAAAUGGAGGUGAAGCAGCUGAUGGAGGACGGAUGAAGACAGGAGGACGCUUUGUCAGCUUCUUCUUCACUCUGACUCCUCCUACUGACUCUCACACACAGUCUACACACUCACUAUUGAUUCCUGCUGAUCAGUGAUGUCAGAGUGAGGUCAGCGUGAUGUCACAUGUUGAUCAGCUGUAGGAUCUGGACUGGAAAAAUCUUGUCUUUGGAGACUUUUAGUGUCCCUUGUGGUUUAGAUCCUCUGAACUGGACAGAGGUCUCACUCUGGAGGAAACUCUGCUUGUGUUUUAUUCUCACACUCAACAUGUUCCACUUUUUAUCAACUGCUCCAACACAUUUUCUAAAGCACUCACAGCUCUCCAAACAUUUAGUCCAAUCCUCUCCUUCAUUUCUCUGUUCCACUAACACUAGAGUCAAACACACAACAGGAAGCUGGACGGACAAAUGUCUCCACACAACAAGCUGAUGUCAGUGAGGAAGUGUUGUAGAAAGACUGGUGUGUCAUGUGAUGUUUGUUCUUCAACACACACACACAGAUGUAUAGUGAUGGUGUAACCCUCCCCUCCAUGUCUCUGCUGGGACGUCCUCACGGGCAGCAUGUUGUCUCUGGGUCAUUCUGCUUCCUCCGUCCUCCAGCCGGUGACCCAGAGAUCCACCGAGCUCCUCCAUCAUCCAGGGUGAUAUUUUUUACCAGGUCAAAAAACGGAAAGCCUGUACAACGCAGGCGUUGCUUCAGUGUACUAAAAUCGUACAAAGCUUACAAUAUCCUCACUUAUUUAACUAUGUCUGCAGUCUAUAGAUGACGAUGAAUCAAAUUCAUUACACCAGCUCACGGGUGCCCCAUCCCACAUGGCCACUUUUGUAGUUGGGGGUCACCAAGUAUUCUAGAGCAAAACUGCCAGAAAUUCAGACACACAACGGCGGACCAUCAUGACCGCUCAAAACAGACCCACACAAUGUUGAACCACAACCACAGACACUAUCAUAAAAUGCAGUCUGCAUUAUCAUCUGGAAUUCAUAAUUCUUAUGAUUCACAUCAAGUUUGAAGUUUCAACUUACUCUUUUUUUUUAGCAAAUAUCUCCUUUCCUCUUGCUCAUGUUGACUGUGAAUGAUGUAAUCUACAUCCAAUAAAGCAGAAGUCAUA